UUCCAUUACACAAAACAAAACUCCCCGUGAGAUUAGAAUAUCCGUAUCACAGGCGAGCGACCCAGUCGUAACAGCAGGCGGUUAUCCCGAUCUCCCUGCCUCUGACCCCCUCCAUUUGUCAAGAACCCUAACCCUAACCCUAUAUCAGAAGUCAGCUCACAUGAAAGGGGAAGUUAGCAACCUUAAUUGUUCGAUCACCCUAUCAUGUCCCAAGCCGAUGUCUCUUACAGUUGUGGUUCAUGUGGAUACCCUUUGAAUCUAGCAUCCUCAAAUCGCAUAACAUCUGAAAUAGGCUCCAAGUAUCGCAAAUCCAUCAGAAAAGGUUCUAUAUCUUUUGCAUCCAUUGAUCUUAGUAGAUUCACUCAAUUUGACGAGGAUACGGAUAUGGAGAUGCACAUGUUCUUCAUGAUACCGAAUCAUCCACCAUAUCCAACUCAUAUUACAAACAGAUUGUAA